UUUUGCUUCCGAUUGAACGAGGAAUUGCAACUAAUGCGGAAAAGCACUAAAACGGAGACGGGGAAAAUGCCCAACAUGGAGCAAGAAAUUGGCAGCUGGGACUCGGUGCUGCUGGAGAACCUCUCCGAGGAGAGUUUCAUCAAUAACCUUCACCAACGCUACAAACGGGAUUUGAUCUAUACCUACAUCGGGACGUUUCUGGUGGCCCUGAACCCAUACAAACCACUGCAAAUUUAUAACCCGGAUCAGGUUCGCAAGUAUGCGACGAAAAGCCUUUUCCAGCUGCCACCGCACAUUUUUGCGCUGGCAAAUUCGGCCCAUCAAUUUCUGCUAAACUACAACGAAGACCAAUGCAUCAUAAUGGCGGGUGAGUGUGGUUCGGGCAAAACCGAAUCCUCGCACAUGAUCGUCCACUUUCUGACCCAACUGUCCGAGAUGCGACGCAGUCGUGCGCCCAUCUUUUCGCUCCGUGGUUCCAAUCCAAACUCGAGACAAUCGACCCCGAAACACUCUACCAUCAGUCGCGUCGGGUCAUCGUUCGAAAGUGCCGCACCGUCGUCCGUCGUCGGUGGUCGACUGGAUAGUAUUAUGAAGUACAACAAUUCCACGAGACAACAGAAAUGCUCUCACGAAAAAACGGUUGAAUUUGACCUGAUCUCGCACCACAAGAGCACGGAAAAUAUUCCAGCGAUGGUUAACUAUGGCUUCAUGCCUGCCAUGGCCAGCAUGCCAAAGUGCUUGAAGCAUUCGAACCAAUCCAUCAGCCGAUCGACGGAGGCGAACGAUUUCCCCACCAAAUCGACGCUCAAAUCGUCCACCGUGGGCUCGUGUCCAAAGCACAAUUGUACCAGUAGUCACGCAGAUUUGAACCGGAUGUGUGGUGCGUCUCCAUCACCAUCAUUGCAGAAGCGUAGCAAUCUGAUGCGCUGCUGUCAUCAAAACAGUAAUAGCAGUACCCGAUCGAUUCAUAAAUCGUCUUCAUCGAUCGCACUGACGCACGAUCACGGUACCACAUCGCCGUCGACUUUCCAUCGCCGGCAGAUAUUGAAAUCUAUCUCGAAGGAGGUGUACAUUCGGGAUUUGGAGUUGCAAAAGAUGCGCGAACGUGUGGCACAGGCGGAAAUCUUCCUGGAAGCAAUGGGCAAUGCGGUUACCGUGAAGAAUGCCAACUCGAGCCGAUUUGGAAAGUUCUUCGACAUUGAGUUCGAUUACAAAGGUGACCCAGUGGGAGGACAUUUAACGUUGUACAUGUUGGAAAAGUCUCGUGUUACUACACGUGCUUCUGGGGAAAGGAACUUUCACAUUUUCUACCAACUGCUCUCCGGUGCUGACAUUCAACUGCUCAAAUCACUUAAGUUGCAGCGAAACAUCGAUAAGUAUGAAUUGUUAAAAAAUAGCUUCGCCAAUGAGGACGAUAGAACGAACUUCACCUUCACUAAGCGUUCGCUAGAAAUACUGGGUUUCGGACAGGAUGAGAUAUUUUCGAUAUUCACCAUUUUGGCCGUCGUUCUUAAACUCGGCAACCUAACAUUCAUUCCAACCACCAAUAUUGACGGUAGCGAAGGUUGCGAAAUCUCCAACGAAUAUGAAUUGGACGAAAUUGCGCAACUACUACAGUUGGAUAACCAAAUGCUGUUCAAUUGCUUAACACGGCUCGGUGAUAACUGGGCCCAGCUAGAACCGGACGGUACCGAAAUCGAUGCCAACUAUGCAUCGCGCAUCAAGUUCACACUAUGUCGCACACUGUACGGACGGCUUUUUACGUGGAUCGUUUCCCGGGUGAACGAUGCACUGAAGCUUAAAACAGGUGGCACAGUCGGUAAUCGAGGGAAAACUAUCGGUCUGUUGGAUUUUUACGGUUUCGAAGCGCUGGAAAAGAACACUUUCGAUCAGUUUGCCAUCAACUACUGCAACGAACGAUUGCAACAGCAUUUUAUAAAGAGUGUGUUGAAGCACCAGCAAGAUUUGUAUGUGAACGAGGGUCUGGAUUGGAUACGGAUAGAUUAUUUUGAUAAUGCACCGAUCUGCGAACUGAUCGAUAAGCCUUGUUUUGGAAUUCUCCAUCUUCUCGAUGAGCCGCAGGUCGUCAAUGAUGGACUAUUGCUCACGCGUCUUCAUCAGUGCUGUGCCGGCCAUACCAACUUUCUAGCACGCGAUGCAUCACUGCCUUCUAAUUGUUUCCAAGUUCGCCAUUUUGAAGGUCCCGUCGUGUACACGACCAACGGAUUUAUCGAGAAAAAUCUGGACCUGUUGCCAAGACACAUUAGCAGCUGUCUAUUUCAGAGCGAUCUGCUCAUCGCUUCCUGCCUCUUUCCGGAGGGUAACCCGAAGCGUCACUCGAAUCGCAAACCAUCGAGCUUAAGCAACAACCUACGCACCUCGCUUCAAACGUUGCUAAAGUUGCUUGAGCAGCGUUCGAAUCAUUACAUAUUUUGCAUCAAACCUAACGAGCUGAAACAGGCGAAAAUGUUUGAGCUUGGGCUGGUACAGCAUCAAGUUCGCUAUCUUUGUCUAAUGCCGCUAAUAAAUUUGUGGCGCAAUGGACACUGUUUCAAUAUGGUGCACGCACGGUUCCUGGCCCGCUACAAACUGCUGUGUCAGUACACCUGGCCCCACUUUACCGGGACGAUCGUAGAUGGUGUGGCGCUGAUCAUACGCAGUGUACCGCUCCCAGGAGCCGAGUUUACGAUUGGACGUAAGAAGGUUUUCAUCCGUAGUCCUCGUACCGUGUACGAGCUGGACGAGUUUCGGAAGGUGCGUUUGAACGAGUUGGCGGUCUUGAUACAGAAAACUUACCGCUGCUAUACGAAACGGAAACGAUUCGUGACGCUUCGUCACAGUCAACUAAUUAUCGCAAGCUACUGGCGUACCUGGCGGGAGCGAGAAAAAAUACGACUAGUAGAGUUUCGAAAGCAAGCGCUGUGGGCUGUGCAAGUGAUUGGAAGAUUUUUUGUCCUGCUAAAGACUAGGGAAUUUCUGCUGACACUGCUGUUACGCCUCCCGCACGACAAUAUGAGCCCAAUAUGCCACGAAUGGCCGUCAGCUCCAACCUUCCUAGCCGAAACUUCACAGUUGCUGCGAACCAUCUUUCAUCGUUGGCGAUGCUACAAAUAUCGCAAAUCGUUCGAUCAACCCGCACGCAAUCGUAUGCGUGAAAAAGUUACCGCCAGUAUCAUAUUCAAGGAUCGCAAAGUGUCCUAUCCGCGCAGCGUGGCACAUCCGUUCCAUGGAGAUUACAUACGACUGCGACAGAACAUCCAGUGGAAACGGGUCAGCUGUGAGCAUAACGAUCAGUAUGUUGUUUUUGCAGACAUUAUUAAUAAGAUAGCGCGAACAAGUGGCAAGUUCAUCCCGAUAUUGUUGGUAAUUUCAACGAACUCAAUGCUGCUGCUGGACCAGAAAACGAUGCAAAUAAAGUACCGUAUUCCUGCAUCGGAAAUAUACCGGAUGUCGCUCAGCCCGUACUUUGACGACAUCGCCGUCAUUCACAUUCGCGCAGAUAACUAUUGCUCGUCGAAUAUGUCCGAUCGAUCGGAAUCACCCACCGGAUGUUUGUUUCAGUCGGAAAUAGGCAAAAAGAAGGGCGACUUUGUGUUCCAAACUGCACAUUCGAUUGAAAUAGUCACGAAGCUGUUCCUGGUAAUACAGAAUGCCACUGCCAAAUCGCCGGAAGUGACCAUCAGCACCGAUUUCGAAGCCAAUUUCGGUGGCCAGACCGUCAUAUUCACUUUCAAGUGCGGUGGCCUGGUAGACAAUCCGUACAAUCAGACACGCGUCACGCGCAAGGGCAAUCGGAUGGAGGUGAUCGUGUAACAAAACGCCUCCCCACCGGCACAGAUGGCACUCGUGGAUUGUCGCGCCCGGCGACGUUCGCUGCUGGUGGUCGACAGCUACACCGAUGACGACGGUAUGGAGUUUGGCGUCCGGGGACUCGAGUUUGCGUAGAAA